UUUUUCUCUCUUCAAAGCAUUUUAUUCCUUGAUUUAUUCAGCCGCCAAAUGAUUAGAAGAAUUUUCUGCUUUUAAUUUUCUCUCUCUGUUGUAGCCUCAUUAAAGCACACAUUUCGUGGAGCAUUUAAAGGUCUCUCUUUGAGUCAAUUGAAGUCUGCAGUGAUCAAGUGAACCGAUCAGUCGAGCUUCCGCGAUGCUUCUUCAUCAGACUUUGGUCUUCCUCCUCAGCUUCCUUCUUGGCACAUCUUGUGCUGGGGAGCUGAAGGAAAUAUUCAAGUGGAAACAAGUAUACUACGAGGGGAUUCCUCCUGAAAUUACAGGCUAUAAUAAUUACAACAAUGUCCCAAUGGGGGUAACGCACCACAAGGGACGUCUCUUUGUUGCCAUCCCCCGAAGAGCACCAAAUGUCCUUUCCACACUCAAUGUGAUCUCCAUGUCUGAGGCAAAGUCAACUGAAAGCCCCCUUCUACGCCCUUAUCCUUCAUUGGAGAUGAAUAGACUUGACUCCUCACUACCGAAGGAAGAACGCUUCACUUCAAUCUACCGGAUGCGAAUGGAUACGUGCGAACGGUUGUGGUUUGUCGACACUGGACGCCACGUGACGAAUGAUGGUUCAAUUAAGGAGCAUCCUUCCGUGGUCUACGCCAUCGACACAACCACCGACACCGUGGCCGAGAGAUUCGUCUACCCAAGCAACGUUAUGGACGCGAAUGGGGCUAGCAUCAGUGUGGCCGUAGACAUUCCCAAUGAUAAGGAUUGCGGUGGAGCUUUUGUCUACAUUCCCAAUCUCUCAGAUGGAAAGAUUUUCGUCUUUAGUUUGCGAGAGAAGAAAAUGUGGGAAUUCUGGCACAACUUCUUUCACAUGAAUCCCUAUCAGGGAGACUAUUUUGUUGCUGGAAUUAACUUUCAAUGGCCCGAUGGAAUCUUCUCCAUUGCCCUCAGUGGGCAGGACUGUCGCGGCUACCGCACUGCCUAUUUCCACCCAAUGUCCUGUUUUGAGGAAUUCAGCGUUUCCACUGAAGUUUUGCGCAAUCAAAGCCUCUCAAUGCGUCCUCAUCAGGGCGAUGACUUCAAACGCAUCGGGGAACGCGGUGAUGGAAGUCAGAGUGGCUCCCACUACUACGACAACUCAACCGGCGUGAUCUUCUUCGCUGAAGUCGGUCGUAAUGGCAUUGGAUGCUGGAACACCGUCAAACCCCUCAUGCCGAUGAACAUGGGAACGGUAAUGCAGGACGAGAAGAGAUUCAUUUAUCCUGCUGAUCUCAAUGUUGAUACAUCUGGAAAUCUCUGGGUUAUAACUAAUACAAUGCCACGCUGGUUCUAUGAAACACUCGAUACGAAUGAGUACAAUUUCCGCGUUUGGUCAGCCCCAACGAAGGAAGCCAUCCGUGGAACUGUCUGUGAAUUGUAAGAAGAAGAAGAAAACUUCCCCCGUCCAACGUAAGAAUGGUGUGAGUUACGAAUUUAUACAAAAUAUCAUCUUUAUUCUCUUCCUUCUUCAUUCUUCUGAAGUUUUGACGUCAAAAUCCAAUAAAAAAUAAUCUAACUUGGGCAUAAAAAUCCCAUCAAAAGAAGAUGAAGUAACUUUAAAAAAAAUUAACAAAGCUGCAGUAUACAAUUUUACUAUUUUUUUUAUAAAAUUAUUUUGUUAAUGAGAUAAGAAUGAUGAAAAAUUAAAAAAAAAGAACUAUAAAUACGAGUUAAUAGUAAAAAAAAAAAACAUUUCAUGAUAGAUGAGAGUGUGAUAAGGUACAUUAAUAUUAAUUAAAAUAAUAAUAAUAAAAAACACAUUAAAUACAAACUAAA